AUGCGGCUCAUAACCAGCAGGGGACUCGGAACUAUAUGGAAACGGCAAAUUCACAGUCUUCCAACACCAAACCUGUUGGUUCUUCACACAAUUUGUGGAUUCCACUCCUCAUCCUCACUGCUUGCUCUGCAACUCAAUGAUUAUCUUCUGAACAAGUCACCAUCCCAUCUGUCUGAAGCGAGAAAAUUACACUCUCUCCUGCUGGUUGCUGGUUUCUUUAACCCAAACAGCAGACUCUCACACUUGUGUUCCCGACUGGUGCACAUCUAUGUCGAAUUUGGCUGUCUGGAGGAAGCCCUUUUCGUCUUCCAUAGACUUCCUCGCUACCAGACUAUCGCUUGUAACGCCAUACUCAGGGGCUACAUUGACUCAGGACAGUUUGCUCGUGCAAUUAAUUUCUUCUUCCAUGACUUGGUAUUCAAACUAGGCUUUGUCCCGGAUAAUUACACUUGUCCGCUUAUCUUAAAGGCCUGUUCGCGAUUAUCUGAUCUUGAACAAGGGAGAAAGAAUGGGUACUAUAUAGCUUUCGCUGGUCGAUUUCUAGGUGUAGUCUCUAAUGGGAUGCAGAUUUCAACUUACCGGGGUUACCUCAGUCACUGA